AGCUUAUCAUGCGUACUGAGCGGGGCGCUCUCGCAGCAGCCCUCACUCUUUGAUGCAGUGUCAGGGCUACUCCGCGACACCAACAACCUAUAUCUCGGGGAGCCCCCUGACGCCGAGGAGCUGUACUCGGAGUACGACUUCGUCAUCAUAGGCGCCGGGACUGCUGGGUGCGUGCUCAGUAAUCGGCUCACGGAAGUUGAGGAGUUUAAGGUGCUUCUUAUAGAGGCUGGUGGAAGCGAGCAGCUUUUCAUGGACAUCCCUGUGAUGGCCACUAUGCUACAAUUCACCGACGCCAAUUGGGACUACCACACUGAGCCACAGAGAGCUGGCUGCAUGGGCAUGCGCGAGGGUCGGUGUUCCUGGCCGCGAGGCCGCGUGGUCGGCGGCUCCUCGGUUCUGCAUUCCAUGAUGCACACGAGGGGCAACAGGAGGGACUACGACCGGUGGGCGGCGAAUGGCAACCCAGGAUGGGACUUCGCAUCAGUUCUCAAAUACUUCAAGAAAUCUGAAAACAUGCAAGUGCCAGAACUGAGAAGAGAUAAAGUAUAUCAUUCAACAAAGGGAGAGAUGACCCUUCAGUAUCCCAGCUGGAGGACGCGACUCUCAGACGCGUUCCUUCAAGCGGGCGUCGAGACUGGCGGGAAUAUAGUAGAUUACAACGGAGAAAAACAAAUCGGAUAUUCCAUCAUACAAUUUACGAUGAACAAUGGAACUCGCAUGAGUGCGAGUCGGGCUUUCCUUCACCCUAUAAAAUAUAGGAAAAACUUCCACGUAACCAAAAAUGCUAUGGUAACGCGUAUUUUAAUUGAUCCUUGGACGAGACGAGCAUACGGUGUGGAAUUCCGCAAAGCUGGUCGCCGUUACAUCGUGAAGGCGAUGCGAGAAGUCAUUCUGUCAGCUGGUGCUAUUAAUUCUCCUCAAAUAUUAAUGAUCAGCGGAAUAGGCCCUAAACAGCACUUGACGGAGAAGAACAUCACAACAAUUGUCGAUUUACCCGUCGGGUAUAAUCUCCAAGACCACUGGGCAUUAGGCGGACUGACUUUCUUAAUAAACACAACUGAUUCUAUCAGAUCUGAACGCGUGGCUACAUUCAGCAACAUUCUAGAAUAUUUCAGCCAUCAUACUGGUCCUUUGUCAGCGCCAAGCGGAACUGAAGCUAUCGCUUUUAUCGACACUAAUAAUCCAAACGAUCCCGAUGGCUAUCCUGAUUUAGAGUUGCUGUUUGUGGCAGGCUCAUUGGUUAGCCAGCCGUCGUAUAGACAAGCCUUCGCUAUUGAUGAUCGUAUCUACGACAAAGUUUACGGACCAAUUCAAGAUCGCGACACGUGGAUGGUGUUCCCGAUGCUUCUACUCCCGGAGUCGAAAGGCCGAAUAAUGUUGAAGAAUAAAAACCCUUAUUCAAAGCCGCUUAUCUACGCAAACUACUUUUCAGAUGGAGGCCACGACCAAAAGGUUAUAUUACAUGGUAUAAGAAAAAUAAUUCAGUUAUCAAAGACUACAGCAUUUCAAAAGUUUGGAAGUAGAUUGCACGAUGUCCCGUUACCGAACUGUGCGCAUCACAAGUUUAAUUCAGACUCAUAUUGGUACUGUGCAAUGAAGACUAUAACGAAUACGAUUUAUCAUCAUUGCUGUACAGCUAAGAUGGGACCGCGAGACGACCCUGAAGCUGUCGUGGAUUCGAGAUUAAAGGUGUACGGCAUAAAAGGACUGAGGGUAGUGGACGCGAGCAUUAUGCCGCGUGUUCCAGCAGCGCACACCAACGCCCCAACUUUAAUGAUUGCCGAGAAGGCGGCGGAUAUGAUCAAGGAAGAUUGGGGCAUACGUAUCAAGCCGAUUUAAUUGGCAUAUGAUCUAAUAUAUACGAAAAUCCCAGUCUAGGCAAUGAACUUACUCAUAUGAUUAAUCGAUCAGUAGAGAUUUUUAUUUUAAAUACAUAUUUAUUUGUGAGACAUAUGUUAAGGUUUCCUUAUUUUAGUGAUCCUAA